UCCUUGUUUUUGACAGCUGUAUUACUGCUGAUAACUAGGACUGUGUGAACUGAUCAAGUACUGAGACAAGCAUUCAGAGCAGCAGCAGCAGCACAGCAGCAGCGCUGUAGUCACAAGGAGCCGUGGCAGCAGAAGCAGCAGCAGCAGCACUAUCAGUCACAGCGCAGGCAGCAGCGACAGCAGCAGCAACAAACUCUCUCCCGUCUUUUCUGCCCUCCUCUUCUUUCUGGAGUUCUAUCCCGCUCUGAGGACAAAAGCCGGGGAAGUAGGAGGGAAGUGAUCCAGGGCUGAAAGCUGCCAUCAAGAAGAAACAAAAAAAAAAAAAACGCAGACCUGGCUGCCCACAUGCCUAUCGAAUUUGUUUGCAAAAUCAAAUUUGCAGAGGAGGAUGAGAAGCAGAAAAGCAAGCAAGAUGGGGAUAAGGAGAGUCUGAUCGAGGAGAGCUGCACGCCACCGGCCAAAGACUUGGCAGGGUUUGCUAACUCCUGCUCUCUCCAUGGGAUCAACCACAUCUUCGUUUCUGGCCGCCUGGGUAUCCGGCAGACUCUCUGGGCUCUUGCCUUCUUGACUUCUCUGGCACUCUUUCUGUACCAAGCGGCCAAGUGUGCCAUAUCCUACCUGGAACACCCUCAUGUGACGGCUCUGAAUGAGGAGGCAACCCCAGAGAUGGUCUUCCCCGCCGUGACCAUCUGCAACAUCAACCGAUUUCGCUUCUCGGCUCUCACCGAUGCAGACAUCUAUCACCUGGCAAACUUGACGGGUCUGCCCCCCAAGAACAGGGAUGGGCACAAACCCACGGAUUUGAUGUAUCCUGCACCCGACAUGCAGGACAUCUUCAACAGGACGGGACAUCAGUUGGAGGAGAUGCUGAUGAGCUGCAAUUUUAGUGGACAGAACUGCUCAGUUGAGGACUUCUCUGUGGUUUACACCAGAUACGGAAAAUGCUACACAUUUAAUGGCAACAAGACUACAUCCAAAAAGACCAAGCAGGGCGGGAUGGGAAAUGGACUGGAGAUCAUGUUGGAUAUCCAACAGGAUGAGUAUCUGCCCAUCUGGAGAGAGACAAAUGAGACGUCCCUGGAGGCCGGCAUCCGAGUUCAGAUCCACAGUCAAGACGAGCCUCCCUACAUCCACCAGCUGGGCUUCGGCGUCUCCCCUGGCUUCCAGACCUUUGUUUCAUGUCAGGAGCAAAGGCUAACCUAUCUGCCUCAGCCCUGGGGGAACUGCCGCUCCACCAGCAAGGAGAAGUUCCCGGGAUACGAUACGUACAGCAUCAGCGCCUGUCGCCUGCUCUGCGAGACCAACGAGGUCAUGCGGGUGUGCAACUGUAGAAUGGUCCACAUGCCUGGAACUGCUGAUAUCUGCCCUCCCAGUAAAAUCAACUGUGUUGACAAAGCACUCGCACAGCUACAGAAGAGCAGUGGGGAUAUAUGUCCAUGUGAGACGCCCUGUAAUCUCACCCGGUAUGGUAAAGAGCUCUCCAUGGUCAAAAUCCCCAGCAAGGGCUCUGCUCGCUAUCUCUCCAGAAAAUAUGACAAGUCAGAGGACUACAUCAGAGACAACUUCUUGGUAUUAGAUAUUUUCUUCGAAGCACUGAACUAUGAAACAAUUGAGCAAAAGAAAGCAUACGAUGUUGCAGGUUUAUUAGGUGACAUUGGUGGACAGAUGGGUUUAUUCAUUGGUGCCAGCAUCCUGACAAUCUUAGAAAUAAUGGAUUACAUCUAUGAGCUGAUCAAGCAUCGGCUACAGCGUCUGCUGAGACCACAGAAAGAAGAGAAGAAGAAAACCCAGCCGACCUCAACUGUUGCAACAGUGGGUCUAGAAGAAAUGAAAGCAAAGGAGCCCAAUGACACGACACGGAGUCACCCAGAGGGGGCAUACGCCAACACAAUUCUCCCUAACCACCACGUCCCUCAUCCCCAACCUCAUCCCCACCCUCUUCCUCUCCCUCGUCCUCCCCCUCACCACCAUCGCCCAGGACACCACGGGGUGUUCGAGGACUUUGCUUGCUAAAGCCAACUUUUGUUUCCAGUCCUGGUGACAAAACAAGACAGGGACUUUCUGUGUUAAGACAACAACAGACUCCCCCUUUCCCUCCCUCUGCAUCUCCGUUGUUUCUUUGCUCUCACCAGUGAAAAGCUACAGCCAAAGUCAAAAACACCAAACUUGUGCUGCUAACAAACCACUUGUACAGUAUGUACAGUAUAGGCACAAAUUUAGACAUGGUUUCUUUUAAUUUUCUUCUGUUUUUCUUGUUUUGAUUUGAACUCAACUUAAGUCAGCGUUACUUUGACUCCGGGCACAUUGGGACUGCAGGACCAGCUCUUUGGUACAUGAUCUCUACGAAGGGAAAAGAGGAGAAAUGUACAUCACAAUGAUCCAGUUUCUUCUCUAAAAAAGGAUGUAUUUAUUCAGUUGGCAUCUGUUUUAAUUAUUAAUUUUAUUAAGGCUGUGUUUCUGAAUCUACUCUGACUUCAUGAAGCUGUAUCAAAUCAUUACACAUGAUAAAUUAUGUAAUUAUUUAACAAAAUACUAUUAUCUGUCUGUUCUGUAUUGUAUACAAGGUAACAGUACUUCAGUAAGCCAACCUUGUUAGUGUUAAACCAUCCAAAGUGUGAGUGGACUUAUUUAGGCUGAAAAAUGUGACCUCUGCUUUGAAGAGCUAGCAGCAUCUUUCCACAUGAAACAUUCUCUUUGGCUUGUGGUUAAGGUGUUAGAGAGUAGCAGUGUACCUGUACAUAAGUCAGGAAGUCCUACCAGGUUUCUUGUUUAUAUUUACUGACUAUAUAACUUAUGUAUUAUCAGUUUUAAUUAUUUAUACGUUUUAGAGAAGAUUUUUUAAUAUAAAAAUAGCGAUCACGAUUGUAGCAAAUACUGUACACCUGACUCUGCAGAUAUACCCGACUGACGACUGCCAACGUUGUUAUCAAAAUGUUAACAGGAAUGGACUCAGACUUAUAGUGCAAUGCAAAAGUAUUCAUAACCUUUAAAACUUUUUAUAUUUUGUCAUAUCACAUCCACAAAUGUACCUCAUUAGGAUUUUAUGUGACCGGCCAAAACAGAGUGGUGCAUAAUUGUUCUUCCCAUCAUUAUGACCAGCUACCGUGUGUCUGCUGAUAAACAUAAUCUCCACAGCAUGAUGCUUCCACCACAGUAUUUCACAGUGGGCAUGGUGUGUCCAGGGUGACGGGCAGAGACACCUUUUCUGUCAAACACAGCAUGUUGCAUGAAGGCCAAAAAGUUACAUUUUGGUCUCCUCCAGAGAACCUUGUAUCACAUGUUUGCUGUGUCCUCUAAAUGGCUUGUGGCAGACUUUGAUGUAUAUGUCAACAAAAAGUUGUGCUUUGGAUAGAUUCUUCCAUCUGAGCCAUGGUUCUCUACAGCUCCUCCAGAGUUAAAAUGGGCCUGAUUCUCUGAUUAAUGCUCUCCUAGCGCUACACUUUAGGCAGACGACAAUGUCUUCAUCGUUGUGCAGUGCUCUUUCCAUUUUCAGAAGAUUGAGUGAGGCUCCUUCAGUUGCUUAAACUUUUUAUAACCUAACCCCACUUUGAACUACUCAACAAUUGUAUCCCUGACCUGUUUGUUGUGUUCUCUGGUCUUUUUAAAACUGUUCUCUAAAAAACCUUUUAAGGUCUUCACAACGACCUUAACCUUGACUUUUGACCAAAAUUGGUUGCAUGUUUUAAUUUAUUUAGAGAUAAUAGAUUAGAUAAUAGAUAGAUAAUUAGCAUAAAUUUGGAAAUUGUAUUAUGAUUUUCUCUCCACUUCAAAAUUAUGCACUACUUUGUGUUGAUCUAUCAGAUAAAAUCCCAAUGAAAUACAUAAAAGCGUGUGGUUGUAGUGUGACAAUACAUUCAAGGGGUGUGACUACUUGUGCACUAUACCCACAGUAUGUUUUCUGUUUUUAUAUUUCCUGCAUUUUACAAGACAUCACAAAAAUCUUUGCAUAAGGAUGACAAGCUGUUUGUUCUUAGUUGUAAAAUGCUUGUAUUUGAAUUAUUCCUAUAAUGUCUCGUUUUUUCCUUCCAUCCUACUCUUCAUUUUGGUUAAUAACACAACUUUCAGCUGACAUAAGCAAUAAGAGACGGAAUCUUACUUCUUUUGCCAAGUCAUCUCCUUCAGAUGUGGGCCGGAGCGAUGGCAAGAAGCACAGCAGCUUAUUACAGUGUGAACCUGGCAUUAAAUUGUGUGUGCAUGUGUGUGUGUGUGUGUGUGUGUGUGUGUGUUUGCAUGCAUACUUUAACAUUUUGCACACAUGACUGAGCACAUUAAGGUGACACAGCUCAGCUAAGCUGAUCCAGUAAAAAGAGUGGAUUAGAAUCAAAGAAGUUAGUGGAAAACUAGGCAGGUAUUAUUGCAGUUUGUGGGGUUUUAUCUACAAACUCCAGAUCAGAGAGGGAACGGGUUCUGUAAUAUAAACACUGUUACAGAGGGUUGGUGAAGUCUUUUUGGUUAAGGCGUGAAAAUAUGGGACAAGGACAUGGUAAAUUGUAAGAGCACAAGUUAGAAGAGUGGAAAUAGAAUUUAAUACUGAAGACUUUACUCAUGUUCAUAUUUUCCACUAUUGUACAAGGUCAGUCUAGUCACUGACGGCUUUUUCCACUGCAGGAACGUCCCUAAAUUCACAUGGCCAGAGCUUUUAAGAAUUUUGUUUGAGGUUUCUUCAUUUUUUAACACAGUCAGGGACCAUACAGUCAGUUGUUCCAUCUCUUUGUUAUAGAACCAUCACUGUUUCAGAUGUUCUGUUGAGUAUGGGUUUUAUCCUCCCAGCGAACAGGUAGUGUGGGACAAACGUUUUCAUGCCCCUCUAACUUGUUCACAUUUUGUCACAUUAAAACCACAAACUUUGUCAUUUAUUGGGAUUUUAUAUGACAGGCUACCUCAAUGUAGUGUUGUAUUAUGAAGCAGGACCAUGGUUUUCCAAAUUUCUUAUGAAUACAAAUGUGAAAAGUGAAAACAAUGCAGCUGCAAGUCUUUUGGGAUAUGUCUCUACCAGCUUUGCACAUCUAAAGACUGGAAUCUUUGCUUGUUCUUUGCAAAAUAGCUCAAGCUCAGUCAAGUUGGAUUUCAAGGAUGUUUUCCUGCUGGAAGGUGAACCUCUGCCCCAGUGUCAUGUCUUUUGCAACUUUCAACAGCUUUCUGGAUUGCUUUGUAUUAAGCUCAACCUAUCUCCCCAUCUGCUCUUACUUGUCAUGAUCCACACCAGUUUGUAUUUUUGUCGACUGCACUCAUCUGAUUUCUGGUAAUCCCUGUUGUACUUAAGUCUGUUUUCUGUUCCCUCAUUGUCUGGUCAUCUGUUAUCAUCCGUCUUCAAUGCCUCCGACAAUAUCCUGUUACUGCUUCAGUCCUUCAUCAUCACCCUCCAUGACAUCACCAGUGUUCCAGUCCCUGCAGAAGAGAAGCAUUACCACAGAAUGAUGCUGCCACCACGGUGUUUCACCUUGGGUAUUAUAUUUUUAGGGCAAUGUGCAAUGUUAGUUUCUGCUACACAGUGUCAAAAAGUUUCAAUUUGUCUCAUCCAGUCUACAGAUUCUCCUACCUGAGCUGUGGAUUUUUACAGAUCCACCAGUGUAACCAUGGGCCUUUUUGCUGCCCCUCGGAAUACUGCUCAGAGUGGACGGCAACACAGUGGUAGCUUUGCAGUUGGGUCAUACUCUUUCGAUUUCUAGAUGGUGCUUUGGACAGUGCUCUGUGAGAUGUUUAAAGCUUGACAUUUAGUUUUAAAACCUAACCCUGUUUUAAAGUUCUCUACACCUGUAUCUCUCGCCUGUCUGCUGUGUUCCUUGCUCUCCAUGAAGCUGUUUGUUCACUAAUAUUAAGACCUUCACUGAAAAGCUCUUUUUUAAUAGAGAAUAAAUUAUACACAGGUGGACUCUAUUGAUUAAUUGGGUGACUUUUGAUUGCAACUGGUUGCGCUGGAUUUUAUUUAGGGGGAAUAGAGUUAAGGGAGGCUAAAUAUGAAUACAUGAACAACAGUUUCUCUUUAGUAAAAAAUCAAUUUCCUUUCAUUUCGCAAUUACAAGCUGCUUUGUGUUGGUCUGUCACAUAAAAUCCAAGUAAAAUACAUGCUUGUAACUUUAAUGUGAUGAAAUAGGAAACAGAAAAAAAAAUCCAAGGCUUAUUUAUACCUUUUGCAAGGCUCUGUAUUUUUCUCUUUGUAUUUUAGUAAAAGUCUGGAAGCACUUGCAAAGAAAAUAAAAAAGGUUGUGUUUUUUUUUGUUGCUUUUUUUUUUUUACAAGCAUGGCGCUCUGCACACAGCAGAAAUUUAGCUCCAGAUUGUAUUUUCUAAAAAAGGACAGAACGGUGGCAGAUAAGGAAGGCUCUAUGUUUUGUUUUGUUGAUGCUAGCUUUCCUUGGAUGCCUGUAAUAGAAAUAACUGCACAGAAAGUUACCUUUAACUAUCAGUUAAACUACAAACUAGAAGGAAAAACAAGCCAACACAUAAUUUAGUGUUCUCCCCUAAUCACUGGGCCUCUGUGGAAAGCAAAUUAAAGUGCAGUUUCUUUGCCUAUUGCACAGCUAACUCAUCAUUGCUUAUUAAUUCAGCAAAUAAUUGUUCUUGAUUUAUAGCUAUUUGCUUUGUUUUUAUUAAAGUGGCCAUCCAUCAUCAUAUUGCCCUAAGUGCAGUAAGUGCUAGCACACCACUGUAAAACAUGAGAAUACAUGUGAGGUUUCAUAAGAUUAACUCUAUUAUCAUGAUGUAGAUAUGUAGGAUUUCAGCCGAACAUUCGCUCUCAUGGUGCAGUUUGGACUUGAACGAGUGAAAACAUGUCAUUCUAAAAUUAAUGCACAUGUGGUGACAGCCACUUUAUAUGAAAUUAUUCGCACCAUAUGAUUAAAAGAACAGAUAUGACAUUUCAGAUAAAUAAAACCUAUAAAUAUUAAAAGCAUGUAACAUAAAUCAUAAUCAGCUUUUCUACUAUUUCUUAAGGAGAUUAUUUUAAAGGCUUUUUGACAACAAAAAGCCUUUGUAGACAUAGCCGUCUUAAAAUAGGGAGUAAGGGCACUUAUGAAUGAUGUGUAAUCUGGCUCUAAUGGACUAUUAUACAUAGGACAAGAUAUAAUAGACAGUUUUAACAGGAAUAUGUUGACUUGAUGUUUGUCCUCAGUUUUUGUUUGUGAGCAUAAAGUUUGUCAUGUAAAAAUUGUUUUCUUUUACAGUGUCUGUCAACAAAAAAUGUCUGCUGAUGUCCUCAAAAAAAUCAGUAACCAUAUUUAAUCAGCUUGGCUGCUUAGCUUCAGCUGUGACUCAGUUUUUCUUAGUGUCUGAGCUAAAUGAAAAGAGUGUUUGAUAGCAGCUGCCAUCUGAUUGUAUAUGAAUGUUCUAGCUUCUCCUCCAUUCACCACGUGUUACAUUAGCUUGAAGGGAUUUUUCUUUGGACCAAACAAAACGAACUGUGACAAUGCGAACUGUAGAAAGUUACAAAGUUCAGGCAGCAUGACACAUGCUGUCCUCAGAGGAACAUUUUGACAGCUUCUGUAUUGUACCUUAGAACAGUGAAAUAUUAGCAAGUAAAAUACAGACUGUUUAGGUGGAUAAAAGUAAGACUUACAUAUCCACUGUAUGGCUCAUUAAUACCUACAUCACACGUAUGUGUAUCUGCCUUGCAUGUCAACAAAAAGAGGAAGUACACUCCAGCCUUGUUAUUCUACUCAUUUAACAGUUUCAUACAGAAUUUAAAACAAUGACCCAUAACGUUCUCAAUCUUUUACAUCACUGUGAAGAUGCUCUGUCUGCACUGAUGAAGAUUCAGUCACCUUGGCAUGCCAGAUGCUUGAAACUGGAAGUGAUGGCAUGAUCUAUUAAUUAUUUUGGCUAAUACUUAUCUGACCACUUGGAGGCACCUAUAGAUCAUUGAAAUGCCAUCUCUAGAAGGUCACUUGAUCCUUUAAUAUGGGGGGAAAAAAGAGAUGGUGACAUCACGGCAAAAGUUAAACAAACCGUCCUGAUGCAGUAUAAUACUUGAUCCUGCUCCCUGUUCAAACCGGACUUGAUGUUUCACAAAAUCAGUUUUAUUUCUUCAUUUUCAGACCUGAAGUGGGAUGGUCUGUUUGCACAGUUGUUGGAGGAACCGAAGCAACAAUGCUGGUCAGAACUGGAGCACAAUUUUUAUUUAUCUGAAUAGUGUCAGAAUUGUUGCAUUUUAAACUCCAGCUUCUGUCACAAGUAGUAAUUUACCAAGGUGGUGAAUCACAGGCAGAUCAGGUUUACAAGAGAAAACUUUUAAAACUCCCCAUAAAGUGCCAGCUGGAAAGAUGCUUCUGUGAGACAUUUAUUCUAUCUUCCUCCUCCACACUGGAUAAGUUAUCAUAUAAAUCUUCACUUUGCUACAGACUUACUGUCUCUGCUUUUGUCCUGGGUAGACAGCGUUAAGCACUGAUUCCCAAGUUAGGUGCUCCAGAUGUUAUUUCUGCACUUUUUGACAACUUUCAGUUGUGAUCUUGGUUGUAUAUAUGCUUUGCAUAUUUCUCAGUUUUGGAAAGGGAAAUAAAUAAAACAUAAUGUGAGCUACAUGUCCGAACAAAACUGGAAAGUUGUAAAAAUGAUUACCGUAUAUAUGCCCUUUGGUGUUAACAAAUUACACUUUUCUGUUGAAUUGUUUGAUAUAUGCAGUUGCUGCAGUUCUGCCACAUUUAACCUAGGAUCGCAAUGAGAUUCCAGUCUCUGACUGUUGACUCCCCUUCCCCUUUCAAGUAAUCAUGUUCUAUACAUGGAUAUUUAAUAUUCAUAAUCAUGUGUCACUUUGACAUUUUCAAAAGGUUCCCAAUCACAGUCUCUGAUGGCAUCCUGUACAGGCUAUGCAUAGCAAUUUUGUCCUCUGUCAUCAAUAAUUGUAGACAUCCCUUGAGAAGUCACAUGGGGGGGCUGGUAUGUUGAGCUGAAUACAAGUCUGAAUUACCUCCAUGCAGUGUUACUGGGGUCCAGGCACAGAGAUACCCUAUCUUAAAAAGUGCUAUUAAAACACAGCUCUGCUGAUUCUGUAUCUGAAACCUGUUUGAAGUCAGUUAUCAACCUGACAGAGCUGGUGACCCAACAGCAUUGAGUGUGUAUGACGUCCAGCAGGACUCUAACAGAAAAAGACACUUUCACUGCUUCAUGCACAACAUGUAGCUCACAUUGCUGGAAUUCCUCAAGCUCCUUAUCGGAGCUCCUGUUCUGCACAGCUCCUGAGACUUAGAUUUAUUUUUCCAGCACCAUUGUAUCACGCUUGUAUUUGCUUAUUACAAUAUGUGUAAAACCCACAUAUUUCAACUGGACACAGAUGUUAAGUUUGAAAUAUCUGUCUUCUUUUUUUUUUCUGUCAACCAAAUAUUUCUAAGCUGAGGCCUGAGGGGAAAAAAGCGUAUAAGAUGCUGGUGAUGCAAGCUUCUGUCUGGAUUUCACUGGGAGAAAUUUAAUCUCAUAUCCAACAGAAAUGGACCAUCCCAGAGAGAAAACAUGGAGAGCUUAUAUUUUGUACAUAACUGUUAUGAUGAUGUGAAUAUUUCCUCUGUUAGAACAGAUUUUAUAAAUGUCAAAUAUGGUAAAUACAAUGACUAUUAAAAGUUUAGAUAAAAAAGCAAAAA